AUGUUCACAGAAUACCCCUGGCUAAAUAUAUCUUCGAGCCUGUUAUCGUCGAUCUUCAUCCUUUACGCACCUCUCGAAAUAUGGCGUCUCCGCGGCGCGUCCAUCAAAGUCCUUCCUGACUUUCAAAGUCAUAUCAAAACCGUACUGGCCGUCGCGUUGUCCGGCGUCCAACUAAUCUCCCUCGCAUCACCAACAGUCCCAAAUAGCCUCCGUGACCAAAUCCCCGCCAUCGCAUCCAUCCUCGCUUCUUCUGAGCUCUUCGUCCUCUUGCGCCUUGGACACCGAAAGACCGUGCGGCCAUCGACUUCUGUCAUUCUCUACGUCGGUCUAUCUCUCAUCAAAGACCUGAUUGCAUUGACCCUGCCGUCGCACAAUCUUACCCCGAUAGAGCAUUCACUUCUACUCAUCCAGGUUGUAUUGGAAGCAGGUCUUCUGGUGGCAGAGUCGCGGAGUAAAGUCCAAAAUCUACACCCUCGAUAUCAAUCCCUCACAGCUGAGGAACGGACAGGGGUUCUUGGCCGUGUGUUCUUUUGGUGGAUUAACCCCGUUCUCAGGGAGGGCUAUCGCGAUGUUCUGGUUCCGGAAAGCUUACCUGGGGUUGAUCGAGCGUUAUCAUCUAAGGUGUUGCGCGAACGGGUGAUUCAUGCCUGGGCAGAAAGAUCGAAGCCAGAAACGAAGUUUACGCUGCCGCUGGCUUUAUUCAAAGCCUUUCGGAGAGGAUUUCUACUUCCUAUCCUACCGCGGUUCUCCUUGGUAGCCUUCCGCUAUUCGCAGCCCGUGCUCAUUGGAGCGACGAUUGAUUUCAUACAGCAGAGAGGUUCGCAGGAUGAGCGCGUGGAUUCCGGGUACUGGCUUGUCGUACUCACUGGUGCUAUAUACUCUGGCCUUGCGAUUUCAACGUCAGUAUAUCGACACAGAUUGAACCGACUGCAGUUGAUUAUACGAGGAGCUCUCGUGGGCCUUAUCCACGCACGAGCACUAAAUGCCGAGAGCUCCCCCGUUACUAAUGGGAAAGCUUUGACGCUUAUGAGCGCUGACGUGGACAGCGUCGAUACCGCUGCGGAGAUGGUCCAUGAGACAUGGGCUCAGAUGGGAGAGGUGCUGGUCGGAACGGCACUGCUUGCGAGGCAGAUUGGAUGGUUUGUCGGACUGCCUUUGCUGAUUAUAUUCGGCUGUUCACGAAUGAGCGCCUACGUCGCGAAGCACCUUCAAGGCAGACAGAAAGACUGGAGCUCUGCGACUCAGCGUCGUCUUUCAAUGAUCACCGCGGUGCUGGGGGGAGUCAAAAGCAUGAAGAUUCUCGGUCUUGAAGAGGCUACGAGAUCCAUUGUUUCGGAUCUUCGAGACCGAGAGAUUGCCAUGUCAAAACGCUUGAGGUGGAUUAUGGUGGCGUACAACGCGAGCGUACUUGACCUCAUCAUAGCCAAUGCUCUGGGCAUAUUCUCCCCUGUCGUAACGUUGGUGCUUUUUGCCGUCUCUCGACGUGGAGACGCCGUGUUGAAUCCCGACACGGUCUUUACCUCCAUUGCCCUUCUCGCACUGGUUACACAUCCGGCCAAUAUGGUCAUGACGUUGAUCACUCGUGCAGUGGCAGCUUUGGCGAACUUUGACAGGAUCCAGACCUAUCUGCUGAAGGGUUCAUUACUGGACCAACGUGUUCUUGUACCACCGAACUCUGUCGCCGAACGUGAAUACAAUCUCGAAACCGGCCAACGACUCGCCAUCCUGAUGGAAGAUGUCAAAAUACAACCGUCCCCUACCUCACAGCCUAUAAUGCACGGGUUGAAUCUUGGAAUAGAUCGGGGUUCGAUCUUCAUGUGCUCAGGGGCUGUGGGUAGUGGAAAAUCCGUCCUCGCGUCGACAAUCCUAGGAGAAAUGGCUCCCAAAGAAGGAAGAAUCGUUGUUGCAGACGAGCGGAUCGGGUUUUGCAGUCAGUCCGUCUGGCUUCCCACGGCUUCGAUUCGAGGUGCUAUCUGCCAAGGGACCGCAAAAGUUGAUAAUGACUGGUAUGACACUGUCAUUGAAGCCUGUGGACUCAGUCCCGAUCUACAAUCGCUAGUCGACAAAGACAGGACGUGGGUUGGAAGUGGCGGUAUCAAUCUUUCUGGGGGGCAGAAAUCGCGCAUUGCUCUUGCGCGUGCUGUUUACUCUCGAUGCUCCAUACUAGUCCUGGACGACCCGUUCAGUGCCCUAGACGGGGAAGUCGAAGAUCAUGUUGUCGCGGCCUUGUUGGGUCCGAGGGGACUUUUGCGGGACAUGUGUACUACCGUGUUUCUGAUCACGAAUAGUGCCCAGUAUUAUCCUUUGGCGGAUAAGGUUGUCCUGCUCCAUGAUGGACAAGCACAGGUCCUGGACCCGCGGGAUGAAAUUAUUCUCUCAAGGGCUCAAAUAUCAAAAGUCAAUCCAUCUCAAGGGAUCAAACGCGAGGAGUCCAAAAGCAAUUCGCCAGCGCUAGCAGAUCGAAAACGCAUGGAUUACGCUGCUGCCGACGUGUCCAGACGAACUGGGGAUCUCGCACUCUACGGUUAUUAUUUCGGCUCGGUUGGCACCUUCAGCAUGCUUCUCAUGGCCAGCUACACUGCCAUCUACGCAUUCUGUCUUACAUUUUCGUCAACGCAUAUCAUCAUCGCUCCCAGAUCAGGCUCUACCCUGCACGCGCGACUCCUCGGAAAGAUCAUGAAGGUCCCUCUUUCAUACUUUUCGACUUUCGAGAUUGGAAAUGUCGACGGCAUCGCCACAAUCCGCGCCUCCGGCUGGGAAACGUCCUUCGAACUCGACAACAUCAUGGCCCUGCGGAACACAGCCACGGGUGCGGAAGUCGGCGUCGCGUUGAAUAUGAUCAUCGCUGCGAAUACGACGUUGCUGCGUCUGGUAGAAGGCUGGACUAGUCUGGAGACGUCCCUCGGUGCGGUGGCGAGGCUGAGGUCUGUGGAUCUAAAUACUCCGCCUGAAGGCGAGGACAUUGGGAACCACAAUCUCUCAUCCUCCGUGACCUCACCCUCGACAUCCAACCCGGCCAACGACGGAAAAAGCACCCUCUUCCUCGCCCUCCUCCGCCUGAUUACACCCCAAACCGGCUCCAUCAAACUUGCAGACAUCGACAUCGCCACCCUCCACCCCCACACCGUGCGACGCCGCGGCUUCAUCGCCGUCCCUAGGACCCGGGAGGAGGAGGACGGUAUUUCUGUAUCUGCGUUCGCGGAUCGGGGUCCUCUGUACCUAUCCUGUCCCGAACUUCUCGAGAAACCGAUAUCCACCUUCGCGCCUCUCUCAGCAGGCCAGAUGCAGAUGUUCGCGCUCGCUCAGGCGCUGCUGAGGGUUCAGGCUGUGUCUUUCCAAUCGCCAUCGCCAUCUGCAGCUCUAGAUCCUGGCCAUGACAGCAUCAGCGCCAAUUACAACAGCGCCGAUACAGGCCUAAAACCUAACUCGAAACCGAUCGUGAUUCUCGACGAGGCGAGUUCCGCUUUAGAUCUGGAGACUGAGAGGCGGAUGCAGAAAUUAGUGGACGAGUUGAUCAUUCAGAAGGGGUUCACGGUUAUUCUGAUUUCCCAUCGGGAGGGGGGUUUGCGACGGGGCGUAGGAUUGGAGUCAGAUGUGGUGGUUUUGAGGGAUGGGAGGGUUUGUUAG